GUGGGCUCUUUUGACCGUUACGCUUCGGAAUAUCAAGCCUAUGGUUGUCUACCUUUGUCAAUUGGCGUGCAAUGGCGGAAAUUCUGCAAUCCAACUACAUAGGCGAUGAGCACAUUGGCCAUACAACGAGCGAUAGGAAAUUAGAGGAGGAGAAUGCUGCGACCUGCUUGAGGUACAAGAACCUUAAUCCCUCAAAGGCAUCGCUCUUCAAACCUGGUUUCGAGCCAACCCAGCAUACCAGAACGUGUGGUACCAUCGCAAUAUGUUUUGAAGUUUUCACCAUUAUCGUUUGCCUGGGUACCUAUGUCAUCGGAUCACAAGGCUAUCUUAAAGUCGCUGCCUUUGAUACUUUUUUCACAAAAUCCAUAGGGGGAUUUAUGGUCGGAGUCGUUGUGCAGAUAGCUUUAGUUGCACCAUUGAAGCUUGGCCGUAAAAUGAGUCAGAUAUGGUUUGGAAGGCGGCUAUUGAAGGGAGGAAUGAAGGUUAGAGAGUUGAUUACAGCUUGGAGUCUGAUUUAUAGCAAUUCGUAUCGAGGGGUGGAGGAUGUUUGGAGGGGUCUUAGCCCUAUAGCUGGAUUUCUCCUGCUCUUAUACCUUGGUGAGAUAAUUGUGCUCGGCACAAUUGGCUCGCUUUACUAUACUGUGCCUAUCUGGAACAUGAAAGCCAGUGGACCUAUGCCAUACUUCACAUUUCCCAAUGUGACUCCUACUACGGUCGAUGAAGCCGGUUUUGCAAUGGAUUGCAGUCAGCGUGCGGGCGUGUCUGUCGGACGCUUGCUGGAUCCUCUUGUUCGACAAGGGAUCCUAGUUCCCAAUUCCACGUACGCGCAAUGCGAUUCCACCCACUGCACUGCAUCGGAGACUGUGAUUGUGUCAAGCUUUACCGUCCCAUUCACCGGGCGAACGGCGGCUCCGGCGCCGAUGAUGGAUUGGACAGAUUUAAAACCUGGGAAUAUAGUGAAAGGGAAAAUGACGUCCUUAACCGCCACUGCAGACUGCCGCCCCUCGAAACUCAACUUAACAGAUUACGAAUUGUAUAUUGACGUCGAUGAAGGGCCUGCACAGUACUUGUACAUCUUCAAUCCCUGGGCUGUCACGAACCCAGCAAUGCAAACCCCCCAAUUGCAAUUGCUGAGCCUUGCUGCAGAACAAACGGAUCCAUACGUGGCACCGAAUGGACAGAUGUACAUCGGCAUGAUGGCCUACAAUUUCCCGGAGAGUUUUGCGCAUAUGACUUGGAAUCCUGACGUAGGUGGCAGAAAUGCCAGCAGCGUCAUCUGCACAAUCGGAAUCGAAACUGGCAUCGCCAACGUAGAAGUUUUGAUGGAACAUCUGACCCCAACCCGGGUGGCCCGUAUCCUGUCUGUCACGGAGAUGUCACCACAGACGCCGUAUGACAUGUCACCUGGCACUCCGGGGUAUCUAGGAGCGUACUUCCUUGGGCAAACCUACGGAUUCUUCUCGUGCGAUAUUUCCCCUUGUGAUUUCACCGGUACCACACCACCUCCCUUUGAUAUGAUGACAGGAUUCUUCGACAGUACAGACGACGGUCAUGGCUUUGUCUUGGAUUAUGACACUCAGAUGGAGAAGUUUACCGCGGCGCUGGUGAAGCUUACCGUCUCUGUUAUGCCUGUUUUCCUAAUUCCCGAUGCGGAUCCUUUACAUGAUCAGUCGACGUUAACGGUUUGGAGCAACGACGUCGUGUCCAUCAUAUACACAACCCUUGCAUGCAACCUUCUCCUCCUCACGGGAUCUUUGAGUGGGGUCUGUUUAUUGAUAUUACACAUUUUAACGGGUUUGUGGACUCGGCGGGGCCCAAACAGUAAAUAUUGGACCACGUUUGGACCCACUUUCUGGAUGACGGAAUCUGUAUAUGCACUGUUGCAAGCAUUGCAUUUAACCGAACUCGUUAAUCCUCCAAGCUUAACGCAGGUGCCUCCCAAAACCUUGAAAAAGGCACUCACCAAUGAGUAUUUAAUUGUGGGUGCUAUCGACAGCAGUGGUGCUUUGUCAGUAGAUGUUAAACAGAAGUAGGUUUAGCGAACAUCGACCCAGUGUUUCAAUAAACCUGACGCUUGACUAGGAGGGUCAAUAUAUUAGAGAAAAACCAUAGAUAGGACAAACGGGUAUAUAAUAAUAAUUUAGAAUCGAAAUUCUCAUGUAUACAAUGCACACUGAGCGAAUCCGGAAUGCAAAGGCA